UAGUAUUGUGAAUUAGUACCAACCAACUAGAGAAGGUGUUCAUUCCACGAGUUUCAUCUUCUUCAUUGUUAAGCCAGUGGGGUAUUCAAUCAAGAAUGACUGUAAAAAGAGGGGUUUUUUUAAUUGAUUCUGAUACAGAGUUUUAGAAAAGGCAAUACAAUCCAACUGUUCAAUUGAAAAUUCCCCAAGUCUGUGUUUUCCAACUCCAAUGGUGUUCAAAUCUCUUCCCUGUUACUCCUCUGCUGUUGCUGCUGCAAAGGACCUAUCUUUAUCAGUCUCCUCAAACCAUAAACUCUCCUCCCUUUUUAUGCCACGGAAAACACCAAAUAAACCCCAAACCCCUCAAAAUAACAAAACAAAACCCACUUCUUCAAAUCCCAUAAACACUUCGGGAUCCUUACUACAAAACUUACUCAACCGCAACUCAGGUAAUGUUUCUCUCUCUGAAUUGCGUUUAUGCUUUGAUGAGAUGAUUCGCAUGAACCCCACUCCUCCAGUGUCUUCAUUUGAUCCUUUGAUUGUUGUUUUAGCUAAGAAUAAGCACUACUCUGAUGUUUUCAAGCUUUAUAAUUGGAUAAACUCAAAUGGGUUGUUCCCUAGUUUCAGAAUGAUCAAUGUUUUGCUUAAUUGCUUUUGUAAUUUAAAUCGGGUUUCUGAUGGUUUUGUGGCACUGGGAAUCAUGAUAAGGAGGGGUUAUAAUCCAAAUAUUGUGACUUAUACAUCUUUAGUUAAAGGGUUGUGUUUGGAGAAUAAGAUUAUUGAGGCAAUUAGCUUAUUUAAGAAGAUUUUCAAGUUGGGGUGUAAGCCCAAUGCUGUCACCUUUGGUACUCUGAUUAAUGGGUUGUGUAGGACUGGAAAUACAACUAUUGCACUCGAGUUACAUGAACAAAUGGCUAGUGGGAAAGAUCAUGGAGAUGGUUUUAAGUGCACACCGGAUCUAGUUUGGUAUGGGGCUAUCAUUGAUGGGCUUUCUAAGGAAGGGUUGAUAGAAAAGGCGAAAGAACUGUUCUUGGAAAUGAAAGCUAAUGGGAUUUGUCCUGAUGUUGUUGUUUAUAACUCUUUGAUGCAUGGUUUGUGUCACACAGAAAAAUGGGAAGAGGCCAAAGCUUUGUUUAAUGAAAUGACAGAUCAAGAUGUGCAGCCUGAUGUAGUGACUUUUACUGCGUGGAUCGAUGUGCUUUCCAAGGCGGGAAAGAUGAAAGAAGCUUAUGAUGUGCUAGAAAUGAUGACUGAGAGAGGUCACCAUCCUAAUGUAAUCACUUACAACACUUUGUUAGAUCGCUUGUGUCAUAUUGGUAGGCUUAGUCAAGCCAAGAAGUUAUUUCUUUCCUUCCCAGCUAAAGGGUUUGAACCUGAUUUGUUUAGCUACACGAUUUUGAUUCGUGGACUUUGCAAGAAAUGGAAGACCAGUGAAGCUUUGAGUCUCUUUAGGGAAAUGACUGCUAAGGGAGUUAGGCCAACUGUAGUAACAUACAAUACUUUAAUAUGUGGUCUCUUCCAUACUGGAAACAUUGAUGAUGCCCGUAAACUGUUCAGUGAGAUGCAAGUUCAUCAUCUUGUACCAAAUGCAAGUACUUAUGCUGUGUUUUUGAGUGGACUGUGCAAGAACAAGCAUGUUUCAGAGGCGUUGGAAGUUUUUCAUAGUCUUAAAUGUUCUGAGUUUGAGCUGAAUGUUCAAAUUUUCAAUACUCUCAUCGAUGGAUUGUGUAAAUCAGAAAAGUUUGAGAUUGCUUGGGAGCUAUAUCAGGGAUUUAUCAAGAGAGGCCUGGUGCCUAAUGUUGUGACAUAUUCAAUCUUGAUUCAUGCGCUUUGUGAAAAUGGAGAUUUCGAAAAAGCAAAUGGUAUGUUUCUUGAAAUGGAACAAAAAGGUUGUGCCCCGAAUUUAGUCACAUAUAGCACACUGAUGCAUGCUUUCAUAAAAAACAAUGAGAUUUCAAAAGUGGUUGAACUUCUUCAUAAAAUGGCAGAGAAAAAUGUGCCGCCAGAUGCUUCUACAUUCGCCAUUGUGAUAGACGUACUAUCAAAGGAUGAAAAGUAUCGUCAAUGUCUAAGUUUGCUUCCAACAUUUCCUGUUCAGAAGCAAUGGAAAGUUGAAACGAUUAGUCUCAAGUCAGAGGCAUGAGUUUUAGUUUACAAUGUUUUUUUUGAAAUGUUGUGGAUCUUGACCAAUUUUAAGAUCUGUAACCGGAAGCUACAUAGUAUGAAGGGUGGAAAAACAGCUCAACUCAAGAUUCUUGUGAUUAAGGAAAUUGAUUUUGUAUGGACCUAGCUGCAAUGAAUCUCUAGACUCAGCUGAAUAGUUUAUCAAUGCAUGUAACACUUCAUUUUCUUUCAAUCCUCUUUGUUUUCUUUCUCCUACCAUAUAUUAAUUGUAUAUAGUAGAGGUUAAUAUCGAUAGAAUCAUUGCUUGUUAUGCUAUCAUCAUUCUUUUUAUAAAGAUCAUUCUCUUGUUGUCUAA